AUGAGUUUUAAUGAAGAAAGUUUGAAAUUCUGGGUCAGAGGACACAAGGAGACAGGUGGUGAUGAGGCUGCGAGUAACGUUCUCUUGUCGCUGCCCGACACCCCUCCCAGCUGCCGGCAUAGAAAGGCCCAGAUUUUGACGGUCAGCGUAUGUGAAGAUAUCAAGAUUUUUAUGGCUUCUUCUCACAGGCUGGGUCAGCCGUCAAAGGCGAUCGAAGAGUCUGGGAAAAUCAAAGACGUUUUUCAGGACAGCAGACCCUUGAGCUCACUCCUUGAACAAAUCGAUCCCAAGAGAUCAAGUACUGGGAAUGGGGCCUUCAAUGAGCACAUCAAAUCUUCUUCCAACAGCCGCUUUGAUCAUCACAAGUCUGCACUCGGUCACAUGGAAGCGUCUCCCCGAAUUCUGCAUGGUCACCCAGCUACCAAAGGACGAUGGCCCUGGAUGGGGGAGAUACUGUAUAAGGGUAAUCACGGGUGCGGGGCAGUGCUCAUUUCAUCGACUUGGGCUAUUACUGCUGGGCACUGUGUUAGGACUGCCACAGCGUUUGGAAGUUGGGGACUGCUGCUCAGGGUUGGGGAACUGGACAGACAGUCAAUCAGUGGAUCAGAAAGGGACUACUUUGUGAAACGGAUAAUUAAGCAUCCACUAUUCGAUAAAGACGAUGGAAGCGAUGUGGAAAACGAUAAUGACAUAGCGUUGCUGGAAUUAGCUUACCCAAUAGCAGAUAUCCCUGGGGUGACUCCCAUUUGUCUGCCUGGUCCCGGGAUGGUGGAUCAGUUUGCGGGCGGCGACUGUUGGGGUACUGGUUGGGGCAAAACCGACGGAAAUGAUCCCAGUAAACUGCAGGAAGUGAAGAUGACGGUUCACACGACAGCCGCGUGCUCACGUGAUUACGGUGGGCGUGUGUCUGGACGACAGCUUUGUGCCGGAGGGGGAAACGUGUCGGCGUGUUCAGUAAGUAUGAGGGUUUACCAGCUCUUUGGCGGCAUGGACCCGCCGUCACAAGAAGACACAGCAUAUAGGCCAAUAACGAAUGUUGGAAUAUCAAGACGAUUAAGGGGGGACUCGGGUAGUCCGUUGUCAUGUGUCAAGGACGGAUGGUGGCACGUGGCCGGCGUUGUCUCCUGGGGAGAUGAUUACUGCAGAGGGCGGCCGUCAGUUUACACCCGGAUUUCCGCGCACCUCGACUGGAUCCGCAGAACUACCGGAUUAGGAAAAGUAUCCGCACCAGUUGUAGGGUACUAAAGUUGGCAAAGAGAUUAUAUUUUCCGAUAAAGUCGAUUGUGUGGAUAUUCUCUCGAAAUAUAUCACCAGUCAUCAGUGUUCGGCAAUGUUUGUAUCCCAAAGAAAGAAGUUAUCAGUCAUCAGUGUUCCGCAAUGUUUGUAUCCCAAAGAAAGAAGUUAUCAGUCAUCAGUGUUCCGCAAUGUUUGUAUCCCAAAGAAAGAAGUUAUCAGUCAUCAGUGUUCCGCAAUGUUUGUAUCCCAAAGAAAGAAGUUAUCAGUCAUCAGUGUUCCGCAAUGUUUGUAUCCCAAAGAAAGAAGUUAUCAGUCAUCAGUGUUCGGCAAUGUUUGUAUCCCAAAGAAAGAAGUUAUCAGUCAUCAGUGUUCCGCAAUGUUUGUAUCCCAAAGAAAGAAGUUAUCAGUCAUCAGUGUUCGGCAAUGUUUGUAUCCCAAAGAAAGAAGUUAUCAGUCAUCAGUGUUCCGCAAUGUUUGUAUCCCAAAGAAA